CAGGAUGAGUUGGGGGUGUGGUUUUGAUGGUGUCAUGGCUUCCCCCGUCCACGAAGCUACAUCUCUAUUGAGCCGAGCGUGAAUUAAAUGUCCUUUAAUUUCGUAAAAUAAACACCAACAUUUGAAGGACUACACAUUCAAUACCUUAAUCAUGGGCACCGUCCACGCAAGGAGUCUUGACCCUCUGCCAAUGCAGGGACCUGAGUUGGGGGUUCAUGCGGAUGACAUCGAGACACCAGAAAUGGAGCAGGAAUCAAAACAAGAGGUUCUUGAAAACAAAGAUGUCAUAGUCCAGCAUGUUCACAUAGAUGGUCUGGGAAGAACCAAGGAGGAUUGCUUAACAUACGAGAUUGCUGGUGUCUUCAGAGCAAAGAACUUGAUUGACGUCAUGAAGAGAGCCCACGAAGCCAGACAAAAGCUCCUCCGUCUUGGUAUCUUCAGACAGGUGGAGGUUGUCAUUGAUACCUCACAAGGGGUGGAUGCGCUGCCUAACGGACUAGAUGUGACGUUUGAAGUGACUGAGCUGAGACGUAUGACUGGUAGCUAUAACACCAUGGUUGGAAAUAACGAAGGCAGCAUGGUUCUUGGUCUGAAGCUGCCCAAUGUUUUCGGUCGUGCGGAAAAGCUUACAUUCCAGUUCUCCUACGGCACCAAAGAGACUUCCUAUGGGCUGUCUUUCUUCAAGCCUCAACCUGGUCACUUUGAGCGCAAUUUCGCUGUUAACUUUUACAAAGUCACAGGCCAGUUUCCAUGGAGCUCGCUGAGAGAGACUGAUCGUGGCGUCUCCACAGAAUUCAGUUUCCCUCUUUGGAAGACGAACCACACCCUGAAGUGGGAGGGUGUGUGGCGAGAGCUGGGAUGUCUGGCACGUACCGCCUCGUUCGCAGUCCGGGAGGAGAGCGGCCACUCCCUCAAGUCAUCACUCUCGCAUGCCAUGGUCAUCGACACCAGAAACUCCACAAUCCUUCCCAGGAGGGGAGCCUUGCUGAAAAUCAACCAGGAGUUGGCUGGCUACACUGGAGGAGAUGCCAGUUUUCUGAAAGAGGACUUUGAGCUCCAAUUUAACAAACGUCUUUUCUGGGACUCGGUCCUGUCUGCAUCUCUCUGGGGCGGAUGCCUCCUGCCCAUUGGAGAUAAGCCAACUUGCAUUGCUGACAGGUUCUAUCUCGGUGGUCCUACUAGCGUCAGAGGAUUCAGUAUGUACAGCAUCGGCCCACAGAGUGAAGGUGACUACCUGGGAGGUGAGGUGUAUUGGGCUGGAGCCGUCCACCUGUAUACUCCACUGCCCUUCCGUCCAGGCAAAGGGGGAUUCGGAGACCUCUUCAGGACUCACUUCUUCCUCAAUGCUGGGAACCUGUGUAACCUCAACUAUGGUGACGGGCCUCGAGCACACCUGAGUAAGCUGGCAGAGUGUAUCCGCUGGUCCUAUGGAGCGGGAAUCGUGCUGCGACUCGGAAACAUCGCCCGGCUGGAGCUCAACUACUGCAUUCCCAUGGGCGUCCAGAGUGGAGACAGGAUAUGCGACGGGGUCCAGUUUGGAGCUGGAAUCCGAUUUCUGUGAUGUCGUCCUGUUGUAUUGAAUUGUGGAACACGGGAGUUUGUUUCGUUGGUUUUAGGAAGUGGGAGGUGAUCUAUAGGGGUCACUUCCAACACAGCGAAGGUUGCUGGGAAUGAAAUGUCUACUGCAACCAAACUAUUGUAAGUAAAAUGGACAGGGCAUCAAUGGGGAUUUUCCUCCAGUACUAAUGAAUGAUGAGAGCCUCCAGUGCUCAAGAUGUUAAAACUAGAGGCCUUCACGGGUUCAAAAAGUUGUACCUGUUCCGAAAUGGACCUGGGGCUUUCCCGUCCGGACCCAAUAUGCCUACAUUUAUUUGUUAAAUAUAGAGACCCGUUCCGAAUGGACACGAGGACAACUAGACCCAUUCUGCGUAGACCUGGUCGGAUCCAGUCCGGAUACGAGUGAGGAAAUUCACAUUAAAGUCAAUUUUUAAGCGACCGGAGAUGAUAAAGCGAGGGAGAGGUAGAGUACUAGCAGGACGUGUCAGCUAGUGACACGGGAAGCAGGGAAGAGGGAGGGAGAGGUAGAGCUCUAGCAGGACGUGUCAGCUAGUGACACGUGGAGCAGGGAAGAGGGAGGGAGAGGUAGAGCUCUAGCAGGAUGUGUCAGCUAGUGACACGGGGAGCAGGGAAGAGGGAGGGAGAGGUAGAGCUCUAGCAGGACGUGUCAGCUAGUGACACGGGGAGCAGGGAAGAGGGAGGGAGAGGUAGAGCUCUAGCAGGACGUGUCAGCUAGUGACACGUGGAGCAGGGAAGAGGGAGGGAGAGGUAGAGCUCUAGCAGGACGUGUCAGCUAGUGACACGGGGAGCAGGGAAGAGGGAGGGA